GCGGCGGCCUUGGGGCCGGGAUUGGCGUCCAGGCCGCCUCGGCUCGGAGGGCGGUGCCCGUCGUCUCCCCGCGCCUUGGCUGAGCGCGGUCGUGCGCCGGGUGGAGUCGGCGGCCCAGCGGACGAGAGCGAGCAGUCGAUAAACACGUUACUAUGAGUCUGCUACACUGUGAAAACAGCUGUGGAUCCAGCCAGUCUGAAAGUGACUGCUGUGCGGCUAUGGCCAGCUCCUGUUGCGCUGCAGCAAAAGAUGACAGUGUGAGCGGGACUGCCAGCACGGGGCAUCUCUCCAGCUCUUUCAUGGAAGAGAUCCAGGGGUACGAUGUGGAGUUUGACCCACCCCUGGAAAGCAAGUAUGAGUGCCCCAUCUGCUUGAUGGCAUUACGGGAAGCAGUGCAAACACCAUGUGGCCAUAGGUUCUGCAAAGCUUGCAUCAUCAAGUCAAUAAGGGAUGCAGGUCACAAAUGUCCAGUUGACAAUGAAAUACUGCUGGAAAAUCAGUUAUUUCCUGACAAUUUUGCAAAGCGAGAGAUUCUUUCUCUGAUGGUGAAGUGUCCAAAUGGAGGUUGUUUGCACAAGAUGGAACUGAGGCAUCUUGAGGAUCAUCAAGCACAUUGUGAGUUUGCUCUUAUGAAUUGUCCCCAAUGCCAACGUCCCUUCCAAAAAUGCCAACUUAAUAUUCACAUUCUCAAGGAGUGUCCGAGGAGACAGGUUUCUUGUGUAAACUGUGCUGUAUCGAUGGCAUUUGAAGAUAAAGAGAUCCAUGACCAGAACUGUCCUUUGGCUAAUGUCAUCUGUGAAUACUGCAAUACCGUGCUCAUCAGAGAACAGAUGCCUAAUCACUAUGAUCUAGACUGCCCUACAGCCCCAAUUCCAUGCACAUUCAGUACUUUCGGUUGCCAUGAAAAGAUGCAGAGGAAUCACUUGGCCCGCCACCUACAAGAGAAUACCCAGUCGCACAUGAGAAUGUUGGCCCAGGCCGUUCAAAGUUUAAGCCUUGCUGUAGCUCCCGUACCUCAACGCGAUAUGCUUCCAUAUGAAUCUCCCUCUCUUCCCCGGGUUUCCUCUGGGUGUCACCCAGAGGUCCAGAAUUUCCAAGAAACCAUUCAACAGUUAGAGGGUCGCCUUGUAAGACAAGACCAUCAAAUCCGGGAGCUGACUGCGAAAAUGGAAACUCAGAGCAAUUAUGUAAGUGAGCUCAAACGAACUAUUCGAACCCUUGAGGACAAAGUUGCUGAAAUAGAAGCACAGCAAUGCAAUGGGAUUUACAUCUGGAAGAUUGGCAACUUUGGCAUGCACUUGAAAUCUCAAGAAGAGGAGAAACCAGUUGUCAUUCAUAGCCCUGGAUUCUACACAGGCAAACCUGGCUACAAACUUUGCAUGCGCCUGCACCUCCAGUUACCAACCGCUCAGCGCUGUGCAAACUAUAUAUCCCUCUUUGUCCACACGAUGCAAGGAGAGUAUGACAGCCACCUCCCUUGGCCCUUCCAGGGUACAAUACGCCUUACAAUUCUUGAUCAAUCUGAAGCACCUGUAAGACAGAACCAUGAAGAGAUAAUGGAUGCCAAACCAGAGCUGCUUGCCUUCCAGAGACCCACAAUCCCACGGAACCCAAAAGGUUUUGGCUAUGUGACUUUUAUGCACCUAGAAGCCCUAAGACAAAGAACCUUCAUUAAAGAUGAUACUUUAUUAGUACGCUGUGAGGUCUCUACCCGCUUCGACAUGGGUAGUCUUCGGAGGGAAGGUUUUCAGCCACGAAGUACUGAUACAGGGGUAUAGCAUCCCCUCAUUUGUUUAAAAAAAAAAAUCCAUCUGGAGAAAACUGCCUUUCCUUGCCCUGUUCUCAAUAAUAAUAUGCACACAGUGAAAGCAGUGGGAGAGAUGUAAUACCCACCCGUGAAUGUGGUUAGAGAGGUUACUUCCCACUUCUUCCUGUUACAGAUAUCUGAAGCAGUUUUUUCUUGGGAAUAUACAUGCGUUUUCAAACUUGUUGCAACUGAAGUGCCUGUGGCAUAUUGCAGCAGCUGUUUGUCGAUUCGUAUACCUCUUUGUUGUACUUUCAGGGCCUUUUGCUCAAGUGUGUUUUAAUGUCAAAAAGCCCAGAGUUGGAAUAGUAAAGCUCAAACCUUUUAACAAUAAUGGACGUUCAGACUUCAGCUUAUGUUAUAGUAUUACCUGUAAUGUGUUAAAUUUGAGAAUCACUACUGCCCCCUGCUGGUGCCAGCAAGAAGAGUUAUUACUCUAGAGUUGAGUUCUCAUUUUAUUUGACCUCCUGUAGAUUUCAGAGGAUUUGAACCUUAAUCCAUGAAAAGCUUAAGUUCUCAUUUACCCCUUUUUUCCCCCCAGUGUGUUUACUAAACAUAUUCAGGGACUAGUUUAAACCCUAAAUAUAACCUUACUUAUUUAGUGUGAACAUGUUGUCUGUUGAAUAAUUCUUUAUAAGUGUUUCAUUCUACCUUACAUAUUUCUUUGAGGCUACAAAGUAGCAUCUUCAUCAGAGUUGAGAAUGCUGAGAACCAGAUGGCUACCAACUGCUCAUGUUAUGCUGUAAAUCCCUUUUUGUCUGUUCAAUGCAGAGUGAAUUCCACAGCCCUGCCUAUGUUCCCUGUUGCUUAAUGGUUGUAGGACAAGGAGAUGCACACACAUAAUCACUGACAUAAAAGUUAAAAAUGAUUCAGUCAACCAAUAUAGCAUCUCAUUGGUGGUGACAAAGGCUAUUUGAGCCAGAAAUUUUCAGCUCUUGAAUAGCCUCUGGUGUUUAGUUCAAUUAAAUAGAAAAAAAUUGAUUUCCUAAAAGCAGAAUUUUUUAAUACUUGGGAAAUCAUUGGCCAUGCUUGAGAGGCACCAAACUAGGUUGGAAGUCAUGUGAUCAUAUUGGGACUUGCUUGAAUAGGUUGCUUUAGUCCAACAAUUCAUACCUGAGGAGGAUCAUGUGGAAUGUAUUGAAGUGGCCAAAUGUUCAUAAUAGGGAGAGGAUUUUUGUGUCAUUAUAUAUCCGUUGAGGGUCUGUAGAUAAUAAAUAUUAUGGUGAAAUCGAAGGGAGUUUCUCAGGGAGUCCCACAACUAGUAUAGGCUCUUAUAAAGAAUCUAAGAGGACCCAUGCACCAUGCUGUUUACACAAGAUUGUUUGAAGUUGUCUAGACAUGAGAGAUGGGGCUUUAUCUCCAGAGAGGCCAGAUCAGCCCCCUGACCAGCGUUUAAGAGCAGCCUUCAUUUGAAGAGGAGGCCAGCAGACUUAGCCUGUGGAGAAGAAUGGUUUCGGUUCCAGGCAGAUUCAGCAAGUGUCACUUUGAGCUUUCCCCUUACUUUUCUCUCUACCCUCCACCCCACCCCACGUUUAGGCUCCUGCUCUGGUGGGUUUGUCACCCAGAGAUCCGCUCCCCGGCGCCACCGUCAGGACCACCUGCUCAUCAGCAAUCUUUGUCCCUUAGCUACUGUGCCUUCCAGCCAGCUCCGGUGGAUCGUGGCAGCACCACCCUCGAGGUGGGAACCCUGCACCGCUGUUCAGUCUCCUGUGAUUGUUGUUCAGUGAAUAAAUAUUUGUCAGUUCCAUUUAAAAAGCAAAUGGUAGUUAUUUUUUUCUUGUUGCAUAGAAAAAGCCUGAAGGAAAUAUACUAAACUAUUUUUGAUGACUUAUUUUCUUCUUUGUGCUCUUUUAUAUGUUGUACAUUUUCUACUAUAAACGUGUACUUUUAUCAGAGAAAUUAAAUGUUGCCACAAAACAUUCAACCCCACCAAAAAAGGAAAUGAUAUUUAAAAGCUUCCUGGUCAAAUGUCUAUUAAAAGCAUGGCCAUGCAUUAGGUAUUGAGGUGAGUCAUUUCCUGCUUUGGUUGUGUUAUUUUUUUCUAUUAACUCAGGAGUCCUAAUCCAAACAAAAGCAGUGUUUUGCCUAACUUCAGCUUCCCUGAGCUGCAGGUUUCCCAUCUGUAAAAGAAGGAGGGGAAUAGAUGUUUCUCAGGUCCACUCCGACAAUAAAAUUCUGUUUUAAGAAUUAAGUUCUAACCAGCAGACUGUUGAUAAUACUUAGAAAAAGAUUUUGCCAGGAGAAAAUUGCUUUAACUUAUUUUUUGUUGACAAUACUGUACUUCAAUUUAGUGUCCAUCAACUGGGUCUCAUCUUAAUUUUAAUAAGCAAUUUUUUUAACCCCCAAUAUUUGUCAUUUUGUAGUAAACCAGCCACUUAUUUUAUGCUGGUCAUUCAUGUGAAUAUAGAAUAAAAGUAAUGGUCAAACUGUCA